UUGAGAAAGAAAAAGUUCUUAAACUUAAAAGAAUUACUGAAAAGGUCUGUCUGUGUGGGAGGAGCUACUGGACGAGUUUAAGUGCUGGGUUUCUCUGAAAAUCUUCAUUACACACUGGCAGAACAAUCGACAUUUGCAAGAGUGCAGGACUUGAUUAUUAUAACAUUUCUGAAACUGUUAAAAAAAUGUUUGAUAUGUUAAUUUUCUUCUGGUUGUUCUCCUGGAGUCUGACUGGUGUGUUUGUUGCUGAUGCAGUGAAGUCAGAGUCAGUGACUGAGGGAGAAUCAGUCUCUCUGAACUCUAGUCUCACUCAAAUACAGACACAUGAAGACAUCGAGUGGAAGUUUGGGGACAUUCUCAUAGCUACAGUAAUGAACAACAAGAGCGUGUUUUAUGAUAUUGAUGAUGAGAGAUUCAGAGACAGACUGAAACUGGAUCAGACUGGAUCUCUGACCAUCAUCAACAGCAGAACCACAGACUCUGGACUUUAUACAGUCUCCAGCAGCAGCAGAGACACGAUCAACACCAUCAAUCUCACUGUCUAUGCUCGUCUGCCUGUUCCUGUCAUCAGCAGAGACUGUUCAUCUUCAUCAUCAUCAUCAUCAUCAUGUUCAUUGGUGUGUUCAGCUGUGAAUGUGAGUCAUGUGACUCUCUCCUGGUUCAAAGGAAACAGUUCAUUGUCCAGCAUCAGUGUGUCUGAUCUCAGCAUCAGUCUCUCUCUACCUCUGGAGGUGGAAUAUCAGGAUAGAAACACCUACAGCUGUGUGAUCAACAAUCCCAUCAGCCAUCAGAUCAAACAUUUCAACAUCACUGAACUCUGUCACACAUGUGCAGAGAGUAUCCACUGUUGUGGCUUUACUGAAGCUGUGAUCCGAUUGGCUCUCUCUGCUCUGGUGGGCGUGGCUACUGUGGUUGUUCUGGUUUAUGACAUCAGAUCCAGAAGUCUUCAACAGAAGAAGAGCGUCCAGAAAUAUCCAUCAAACUCCGAUUAAUCUCUCAGGAAGAUGGAGAUCAUCUGGAAUGACUGGAGAUAUUAUAUUAUAUUACAAGAAAUCUUUUGAGUAAAUAGCAUUCAUGAACAGACAGACAGACAGACAGACAGACAAUUUAAAGGGUUAGUUCACCCAAAAAUGAAAAUAAUGUAAUUUAUUACUCACCCUUAUGC